UUUGAUGUUAGAAGUCGGUUAUUAUUUAACAUUUCAAUUCAGACUAUAGGAAAUGACUGAAUUAAAUAGUAGACUUGUAAUUUGAACAGUAAUAAUAUUAUUAACCAUUCAAUAUUAAAUUUUCAAUUGUUUUCCAUUUCACUGGCCAGUGCUCAAAGUUUUUAACAUGGAGGAUAUAGACAACAUAAUAAUGAAACAGAUUGACAAUAAAAUUGAAUCUCUUGAAGCAGAACCAUUUUGUUACAUCUGGCAGAUGAAAAGAUUGAAAUCGCUACAAAACUGGACCAUGGCUAAACCUAGUGCCAAAGAAAUGGCCGAAGCAGGUUUCUACUGCCCAAACCCGGAUAUACCUGAUACAGUAAGAUGUUUUUCGUGUUUCAUUGAAUUGGAUGGUUGGGAGCCAACUGACAAGCCUUGGGAAGAACACAAAAAACGAGCCUUAUCGUUAAACCCACCAUGUAAAUUUAUUGAAAUAAGUAAGAAAGAAUCUGAUUUUAUAGUAGAUGAUUUCUUAGAAAUUCAAAAAAGUGUAAUUCUACGCAUUUUCAAUGAAAAAUGUGAAAAAUUCAUUAAAACAUCAUUAUCUCUUCACAAAAAGAAAAAAUCAGCGCUUAAAAAAGACCUCCAAAAAAAGGGAAUGUCAUAGAAAAAUAUAUUAUAUAUAAUAUGUUUGACAUAAAAUUCACCUUGCUAGGCGCAGUUUAAUUUAUUGUAAAUUAGUUAUUACAUAUGUUAAACAAGUACUGACUUGUCUAAUUAUUAUAGUAUUAUAUAUAUAUAUAUUACAAUGUAUGCUUGUAAUUUGAUUUUAUCAAAUUAAAUGGAAUUUUAUUACCAAUAAUUUUUCUAAAUUAACACCUGUAAAUUAGACAUUAAAUAUUUUAAUUGUGAUUUAUUUAUUAGUAAUUAAAAUUAAUAAACUCUUUUGGAGUGGUUAUAUUUUAACGCUUUUUAUUCAAUUAUAAGUCUUGUUAAGAUUGAUUUUAUGCCUUUGUCUAUUUCAUUGAAAUGAUUUACUUAGUUUAUUGUGUAAGUUAUCAGUAUCUAUUUAAAAUGGGAUCAUAUUUUAACAAACAAUUAAUUCAAAAAUUUCAAUUAUUUAAACUAAUGAUUAAAAUAUUUUAAGUGUGUAUGUAUAUUGGAUUGUAUUGUAUUAUUUUAAUAAAAAUAUUUAGUUUUUUUUAUAAGCUGAUAUUUAAGUAUAAUCUUUAUUUUAAUUUGAUUGAUGUUAGAAAAGCAUUGCUCUGAAUUUUAAAAAUAUCUGUACAAAUGUUUAUUCAUUUAAAUUUAAAAACCAAUGUGAUUAAUACAAUAAACAAAUAAAUAAAUUAUAUUGUUAAAGCAUUAAUUUGUGUAGGUGUAUAUUUCUAUAACAAAUUUUAUAAUUUAUGACUUGGUAAAUUAAUAUUACUAUUUUUUUUAUUACAAAAUUAUAAAAUCGAUAAAAAUGUAUUAUUUACUUAUCAGAAUUAUUGAAGUUUUAUGAUUAUUUGUGUAAAGAAUAUAUUAAAUACAUUUUUUAUACAUACUUUUA